UAUGUCUCUGCAUUAUAGGACAUAUUUAUUGUUUUGUUUGGAGGUCACCAAAAAUAAAUAAAUAAAAAUAAACUUGCUACAAAUAAAAAUAAAUGUAUUAGAAAUAAUUUUGCCAAAUGGACUCUGCUAUGUACGAAAUUGCCCAACAAAACAAUACCAUUAAAAAUCUUAUACCAGUUUACUCUGUUGUGUACCUUUUCUUCACAAGUGAGAUCAUUUUAGAUUCCCAUUUGCUCUUUUCAAAUCUCUCACAUAGGCCCAAAACUCACCUCCUCAACCUUUAUCGUUCUUUUGGGAAAUUCACGUCCUCUCCUCCCACUAUCAUACAUUUGUUCUUCUGGUGUUUGGACACCAAGAAAAAGCUCAAUCAUUUUCUUUGGUAAGCAAGCACUAAGCAGAAAAAGCUCAAUCAUUUUUUAUUUUAUUUUUUUCCCACUUUUUCCCAAAGUCUAAAAGUACUCUCUCUCUCUAAAACCUGAAACUUUUUGGCUCUUUGGAUCUAAAGUUUGGUUGAAAAAACCCAGCUUUCUGUUUUCAUUUUCACCCAUUUUCUCUUCUCCUGUUUUUUAGCCAUCUUUUCAAUCGCAAAACACAAAAUCUCUUAAACCCAAGACCUAAAACCCUUCAAGGCCUCUAAAAAUUGAAUCUUUAACAUCGUUGAUUGUGUCUCUCUUUCUGGGUAUCACUGAAAAUGUCUACAGAGCCACAACAGCAACAGCCACCGCCCAUGGCGGUGGCCCAACAAGCCUACACGACUCAUUCGGGUCACGGGUCAAUCGGACCCGUCAUCGCGGUCCUCGCAGUGAUCACAAUCUUGGGUGUGAUAGCUUGUAUCAUCGGUAGGCUGGGUUCGGGUAGACGGAUCAUGGGUCAUGGGCAGUACGACUUCGAAGGUUGGCUUGAGAGGAAAUGCGCUACUUGUCUAGACGGCCGGGUCGACCCUCCGGUGCUGCGUGCGCCGCCGCCGGAAAAUACUGACGGUGGCGGGGACGGCAUCGACGCCGUGCCGGUGGUGGUGGUUCCGGUGGAAACUUUACAGAAAGCAGAGGAAGAGACAACACAACACAACUCCCAAGCCUCGCAUCACGCUGAUGAGUCUUGAAAUUGGUUUUCCAUUUUUUUUUUUUUUUUUUAAAAAAAAUUAUUGGGAGUAAUAUACACACUCUUUGUACGCGAGAUGGGGUAUUUCUGGUAAUUUAUUAGUUUGAUGAUUAUGUGCA